AUGUUGGAGGUGUCAUUGGAGAAAAUAGGAUCUGUCAAGGAUACGUCAAACAUUAUCAUGUCAACUAUCUUCAUAAUGAUGAUUCAUGUUGGAUUGGACCUAGGCAUUGUCAAACUUUCACGCGCUGGCAUGGACGAUUACCGUGAACUUAUUAAAGAUACUAAAUCGGGCAAUACUAUGGGUGCUUGUCUUUUUCAAAUGAGCAUUCCCCCACCAACGCGCGGAGUUGGCGUACCCCAGAUCUAG